CUACAUGUUAAUUACUGUGAUGUUGCUCCUAUAAACGUGAUAUAUAGAUUUCCAGCAUUGACUCACUGUAACUACCGUUAGCACGAAUCUCUCCUCUUUUUUCUGGUAUUCCUUUCUCUGGUUAGCUUUUGGUUAACUAGUUGGUAAAACAACAGAAGAAAUUUAAUUCAAGCAGACGAAGCGGAAGUUUCAAAGGAAGCAAUAAUCAGUCACUAUCGUUUUCAUUUUCACUCAGGAACACACUUUUCUUCCCCAUUUACAAAAUACCCCCAGUUGUUUAGAAAAAGAUUGAGGAAUUAAGAAUGGAUAUCAGAGAAAUGAAUAAUAAAAAAGAUCAACAAGUUGAGACUCGUUGGGUUCCCACUACUCCCAUAAAACCCAUUCUUCAAACAAUGCCGAUCUACGCACCAGAACAGGAAGAUCAGCCCCAGAUACCCACUCAUGGUGAUGGAGCAGUUGCAUGUUCCAAAUUCACAAGUUUUAUGGAAAGGUCCUGUAUUGGGUCAGUAAAUGAAGGUAGAAUGAAAAACAUUGUUGGUGAAAAUAGUGAAGCUUGUGCAAAGACAGUAUCUGGUGAUCUUCCUGGACUUGGUCAUAUGAGUUUUUCUCAACUUAUAGCGACCAUGCAAGAGAAUGCAACAUCAGCUAAUUUGAAUGCAACCCAAUCAGGCAAUGGAUCGAUGAAUCCAGCUUUUUCUUCAUUGGAUUCACAGAUCAACUACAACAGAGCAGCCAUGAAUAACACUGGAAAUCUUCAGGGCACAUCGUCAGUUGGUUGCUCACAAAUUGCAUCAUUGUCAAUGAAUAUGGAAAAAAAUAAUCCUGCCGAAGAAUUUGAUGUUGCUUGCACACCAGUAAAGAUGGAUGCCAUCCAGAUAGAAAACACACCACAAUCAAAACAAAAGAGAAGAAAGCACCGUCCCAAGGUCAUUGUAGAAGGCAAGCCAAAACGAACUCGAAAGCUAGCUGAAGAAAAGAAUGUUCAGCUCAAAGAAAAUUCAACUGGCAAAAGAAAAUACGUGAGAAGAAAAGGAAUAAACAAGACCCCUACUACUCCAGCAGAAGAAACAAUUAAAGACUUGACGCCAGACUCUACAAAAAAGUCUUGUAAAAAGACUUUAUUUGAUGGAUUUACUGGCACUGAAAAUGCAACAGCAGAAGGGACAGCAAGUUGUGACAAAGAAGCACAAGAUCCGUCGCAAAGCAAUCCUCCCGUAGCACAACCAAUAGAAAAGACGAUCAAGAAGAGGGGUCGGAAGAAGAAAACGCCCAACAUGUCUUAUCCAACAGAGACCACAGUAGAAUUCAGUGAAGCAUUAAGACGUGGACCUAACACAAGAUCAAGAAGUAAUAAGAAAUCCAAAGAAGAAAGCUCUACAAGUGGAAAUUUUUACAUAGAAUUACCCAUCGGCACACAAGAUCAUAACACAUCCGCUAAGAGGAUGAGAUAUAGCAGAACAAAUGCAACAAAUAAGGUAUCAUAUGAUCAUGAGCGAUCAACUGAAGAUAUCAAAACGUCAAGUAUAUUUUCUCCAGAAAGCACUUCGCAGGAGACAAAGCCCAUUGUCAAUUGCAGCUUUGAAGAUAACAAAAACAAAAGAGAUCAGACAACUGAAAAUGCAGAGAGUCCAAAUACGAGUGGCAGGAAUAUCAUUGGGGUACAUCAUAAUGAUUUGUCUUUGUACAGAACGAAAUCUAAAACAGCGAGUACUUCUGCCGCAACUAAUCAAAAUGAAGUAGAAAUGACAAUUUCUCCGCAAGAUGCGCGCAGACUUGAUUACGCAUCCAAUUCUGACAACUCUGAAUGUAAUUCUGAUUUUUACAAGUUCAUCUCAAUGGUGCGAAGUUUGGAAGCAGUGGACAAAUCAUUAGAUAUUUCUGAUGUAGAUGCUAUAACAAAGCAAUUUAAAAAAUUGAAAAUCAAAACACAAGAGGAUGCAAUAAUAAGGUAUAAACAAAAAAAACAAAAACAAAAGCAAAAGCGUCUUGAUGGCGCCAUCAUUCCGUUUGAAGGCCAAGUUGUUCCUUUCAAGAAACAAUAUCCACGCGCUAGGGUUAACCUUGAUGAAGAAACUAAUAGAGUGUGGAAGCUUUUGAUGUUGGAUAUAAACAGCCAUGGAAUUGAUGGAGAAGAUGAAGACAAGUCCAAAUGGUGGGAAGAAGAGCGAAAUGUAUUUCGAGGGAGGGCAGACUCGUUUAUUGCAAAAAUGCAUCGUGUACAAGGAGACAGACGCUUCUCUCGCUGGAAAGGAUCAGUGGUGGAUUCGGUGGUGGGGGUCUUCCUCACCCAAAAUGUCUCAGACCAUCUCUCAAGUUCUGCAUUCAUGGCCCUGGCGGCUCGAUUCCCUAACAAAUCACAAGUGAAUGUUGGGGCGCCAGUAGAGAUCUCAGAGGGGGAUGCGCCGUUGAAUCCACCCGUUCAUGACGCCACUGAGCAUUCUGGACACAAGAUAACACAGUGGAGUGUCCCAGAAAUGACUCAGAGAACGGGGUUUAAUGAUAUGGUGGCAUCCCGAAGCUCUGGGGUUUCCCAAACUGGCGAAGCUUCAAAUGGGCAGAACGAUGAGAAGAUGGGAUCCUGUUCGGGGGGCCACUCAGAAGUGGAGAAGAACACUUCUGUCAAUAUCACCCAGCAGGCAGAAAAUUCAACCAAGGUUCAGGAAGAAGCUGACACAAAAAGAGAUGAAGCAACUGAGAAGCUAACAUCUGGGGACCUGAAGAAUGGCAGCCCCAAAGAAAAUAGUCAGGUCCCCCUCAGAGCAUCCACCUUCCCAACCCAGGAAUCCGUCCUCAGCUCAGAAAAUGAAAAGAGCAUGCCUUGCUGCCCAGACAACGGAGCUGAAAUGUCUCAAAGGUCUCACUCUCAAAGGAUUGUGGCUCCAGCACAGGCAACUGCUGGUGCCCACAAAAGUGAAGCAAGCAAUGAGGCCCGAGAGACAAGUUCAGCAAAAAAAGACAGCAAGGGCAAAGGAAAAGAGCAAAAGGACGAAAUCAACUGGGAUAGCUUGCGAACAGCCGCGCAAGCUAUAGCAGGGAAGAGAGAGAAGACAUGGAACACCAUGGAUUCUCUCGACUGGGAUGCUGUGAGAUGUGCAGAUGUUAGCACAAUCUCAGAUGCGAUCAAAGAAAGGGGCAUGAACAACAGGCUCGCUGAACGCAUUCAGCUCUUCCUGAAUCGGCUGGUUGAAGAUCACGGUGAUAUUGACCUAGAGUGGCUGAGAGACGUCGCCCCGGACAAAGCAAAGGAGUUUCUGCUCAGUAUAAAGGGACUGGGACUGAAAAGUGUGGAGUGUGUGAGGCUCCUAACCCUGCACCACCUUGCCUUUCCUGUGGAUACCAAUGUUGGAAGAAUAGCAGUAAGACUUGGAUGGGUACCGCUGCAGCCACUUCCUGAGACACUACAGUUGCACCUCCUGGAACUGUACCCCAUUUUGGAGACCGUACAAAAAUAUCUGUGGCCUCGUCUGUGCAAACUAGAUCAAAAAACAUUAUACGAGCUACAUUACCAGAUGAUUACAUUUGGAAAGGUCUUCUGCACAAAACACAAACCAAAUUGCAAUGCAUGUCCAUUGAAAGGGGAGUGUAGACACUUUGCUAGUGCUUUUGCAAGUGCAAGACUUGCCUUACCAGGGCCAGCGCAGACAAGUAUAGUCAGUACCUCCGGAAACAAUCCGACAGAUCAGAAUCCAACGGAUCAAAAUCCGAUGGAUCAGAACCCGAUGGAUCAGAAUCCGGCGGUAAACAUCGCUCAGUUGCACUUGCCCCUUCUUGAGAAUCCAAACCAAGGAGCAGAAAUUCUACAAGCAGAAGUUGCCAAACAGCUAAAAUCAAUAUCUGAAAAGAAUAUCUGCCAUCCUAUUAUUGAAGAGCCAACAACCCCAGAGGCAGAAUGCUCACAAGUACCAAUUCAUGAUAUUGAGGAUGCCUUCUGGGAGCCACGGGAAAUUCCUCCCAUCGACCUUGAUCUAGAGGAGUUUACCCUGAAUUUAAAAAAUUAUAUGCAAGGAAAUAUGGAACUUCAAGAAGCGGAAAUGUCAAGGGCAUUGGUAGCUUUGACUCCAAAAGCUGCUAACAUUCCUAUGCCUAAGUUAAAGAAUGUGAACCGAUUACGGACAGAGCAUUGCGUUUAUGAACUCCCAGAUACGCAUCCUCUUCUGGAAGGGUGGGACAAACGAGAGGCAGAUGAUCCAGGCAAAUAUCUUCUUGCUAUAUGGGCUCCAGGGGAGACAGCAAAUUCUAUACAACCACCUGAAAGAAAAUGCAGCUAUCAAGAAAGUGGCCAACUCUGUAAUGAGAAAGAAUGCCUUUCCUGCAACAGUGUUCGGGAAGCAGAUUCGCAAACAGUUAGAGGGACAAUCCUGAUACCGUGUCGAACAGCUAUGCGAGGAAGAUUUCCGCUAAAUGGCACCUAUUUCCAAGUCAAUGAGGUAUUUGCUGACCAUGAAUCGAGUAAAAAUCCAAUCAGCGUUCCGCGAAGUUGGAUCUGGAACCUGAACAGGCGAACAGUAUAUUUUGGAACCUCUGUAACAUCAAUAUUUAAAGGUUUAACAACGCCUGAAAUUCAACAAUGCUUCUGGAGAGGGUAUGUCUGUGUGCGGGGAUUUGAUAGAGCAACUCGAGCACCGCGUCCUCUAAAAGCGAGACUGCAUUUCCCAGCAAGCAAGAUGGAGAAGGCCACAGGGACUACAAGGAAAAAGUCAACUGCCACAAAAUCAGAAGGGGCAAAAACAAACCCAGAACAACCAGAAGUGGUUUCUGGGAGCCAAAGUCUUCAGGAGGGGGGAAAACCCAAAGAAAAUCCAUCCUUGUUCAUGUCAUAAUUAUCUUGUUCUGUAAAACUUAUCUUGUUCUGUAAAAUAUAUGUACCAACAGUGACAAUUUUCUUUGUUUAAUGAACUUUAACAUGUUUCUGUCA